GGCAAAUCCGUUAUACACAUGUUAUAGUCUAGUUCUACAAGCGAGGUUCAUUAAUUAUUCUUUAGCUUCCUACCUACCAUGCCUUGUAACAGACACAUAACCAGUUCUCACCAAUGGUAUUCCGAUGAUUCCGAUGGUACCAAAAUCAAUCCAACCGAAACCAUUAAAAUCCUCGCAUGUGAGAAAUUAUGUGGUUGGGUCGGGUGGUUCCAGGAAAUCGGUUAUGUCACGCGGUUUUUGGGGUAUGUUUUCCUUUUUGUAUGUUCACAGUACAUCUGUUUCUAAUCUUUGUUUUAGUCGCCGUUUGAAAAAUGCAUCUCUGCUUAGGAUACAUGUAAGGAAGGUUCAUGGCUUAGCACCGAUUCCUACUGCUCGCGGUGGCCCAGGUACUGGGAAACUGUCUAUGUAAGUUGGAUAUAUAGUACGCUGGUCGUAUACAAGUACCCUUGAUAUAACGGUAUAGAAACUAAUAUAUAUAUAUAGAUAUUUAGGCAAGAUGAGAUUACUUUAGAUCUCGUUCGCAAACGUCCUGGGGAGAAUAGGGAACCUCAAAUGAUGUCUCUAACAAAAAUACAAAAAGUGAUGGAACCUACGGCGUCAACAUCUUUUCUCCCGCUUCUCUCGCCCUCUCCAACAAAUCCAUCCUCUCCGUAGGGUGAAUUGGUACUGGUACUCCUGGAGUCUGGCGGCACAGAAUCACAGAAUCACAGACUCCCAGUAGUCGGGAUGGAGGGAAGGGCUGGCGGGCUAGAAUAGGCCAGAACUUGGGCUGAUCGGGACCUAUGAAAUUUUAAUCUAUUUUAUCAAAAAAAGCCUCCAAU